GGGAAAUUCAAACCAGGCGGGAAAUUCAAAAAAGAAAACUAACAUUUUCACCAUGGCUCCUACACUCCACAACUACCUGUUUAUUCAGCUAAUAGUCCUCCCUAAAGGGCUCUCUCAGCUGGUGAGAACACAGCAGGUUGUCACAGCAACCCUGGGAGAAGAUGCAGUCUUAACCUGUGAGCUCAUGACACCCAAAGACGUGCGGCAAGUAACCUGGCAAAAAGUGACAACUGGGGCGAAUGAGAAUGUGGCCACCUACAGCAAACGCGGUUCCAAUGUCAACCCACCUUUUCAGGGGAAAGUGGAGUUUGAUGACGAGGGACUGCAGAAUUGCUCUAUCGUCAUCAGAGGAGUGUCAAGAGGAGACGAGUCCUGCUACAAGUGUCUGUUUAAUGCCUUUCCUGAUGGACCUAUCAGUGGAAGGACCUGUCUCAAAGUAAAUGAGCUGUAUGGACCCUCACUCCUCAUCACACAAACCAACAACAGUCACACCACUCUGUUCUGUUCUGCUACUGGACGACCUGCUCCUAUAGUGACCUGGGAAGACACAGAAAUUCUAGAAAAUUCUACAAUGGUCAAUGUCACCCAUCUCAAUGGAACUGUCACUGUCACCAUAACUUCCACGCUGGCAGCAUUCAGUCUACUUGACAAAGACACCAGGGUUGGCUGCAUGGUGUCACUGUUCUCUGGAGGUGUCACCAAGAACGUAUCUAUGGUUAUUCCAGCUAGCAAUCAAGCUUCAUUUGCUGGUGUACCUGAGGUCACUGAUGGUGACAGGAUCAGUGUUAAACCAACAAGGAUUGGUGCAGUGAUGGGUUCACUGUGUUUCAUUGCUGUGUGCUGUGGAGCUGCUGUGGCACUGUGCUGCAAACAGAGAAAUACAACGAGAAGCCCAAAUCCCACAGCCAAUGAGAGAGAACAGGAAGAACCAUCAACACUCAACCCUCAACAUGAUGAUCCUGAAAUAUUUUUAUGAUUUCAUGUAAACAGUGUUUGUACUUACUGUAGGUAAGAAAUAGAUUAGAGAACCUUUCAAUUGUUUUUCAGCAUCAAAUGUCCUCCCUGGAGAAUAUGUAACUGUAAAUACCCACAAAGCAGUUAUAUCACUACACUAUUACAACAGAUGAUUUGACUCUUAUCAGUAUCAUUGAUGUUAAUGUCUUUCAGGACCACAACAAUCUCCAGUACAUUCUAAAUGUAUUAGGACAACCUUAUUGGAUCAUCCUGGUAGAGUGGUAGUCAUGGUGACUGCAUACAUGCAUUUGUUGCAAUGCUGCAUUGUUGUUCCAGUAUGUUAUUUGUAUUUUUUAGGGAUCCCCAUUAGCUGCUACUGUUCCUGGGGUCCAAACAUAUUGAAGCACAUACAUUACAUAUAAAACUAAAGAUAAAACACUACAUCAUAUAACAUUAUUACACUACUACAUCUCUACAAUACAACAUGUUCAAUACCACCAUACAGCAACAUACCACCAUCCCAGUUGUUCCAUAAGGUGUAUUUUAACCUGCUUUUAAAACAUCUGAUUCUACUGCUUGUAUCAAUUACCAGAGGUGGAAUAGGGUUCCAUGUAGUCAUGGCUCUAUGUAGUACUGUGCACCUCCCAUAGUCUGUUUUGGACUCGGGGACUAAAAAGAGACCUCUGGUGGCAUGUCUUGUGGGGUAUGCAUGGGUGUCCGAGCUGUGUGCAAGUAUUUUAAACAGACAGCUUGGUACAUUCAGCUUGUCAACACUUCUUACAAAAACAAGUAGUGAUGAAGUCAAUCUCUCCUCCACUUUGAACCAUGAGAGAUUUACAUGCAUGCCAUUAAUGUUAGCUCUCUGUGUAUUUUUAAGGGCCAGCCGUGCUACCCUGUUCUGAGCCAACUACAAUUGUGGCACCUGACCACACUACUGAACAGUAGUCAAGGUGCGACAAAACUAGGGCCUGUAGGACCUGCCUUGUUGAUAGUGUUGUUAAGAAGGUAGAGCUGUGCUUUAUUAUGGACAGACUUCUCCUGAUCUUAGCUACUGUUGUAUCAAUAUGUUUUGACCAUGACAGUUUACAAUCCAGGGUUACUCCUAGCAGUUUAGUCACCUCAACUUGCUCCAUUUAAACAUCAUUCAUUACAAGAUUUAAUUGAGGUUUAGGGAUUAGUGAAUGAUUUGUCCCAAAUACAAUGCUUUUAGUUUUAGAAACAUUUAGGACUAACUUAUUCCUUGCCACCCAUUCUGAAUCUAACUGCAGCUCUUUGUUAAGUGUUGCGGUCAUUUCAGUUGCUGUAGUCACUGAUGUGUAGUGUUGAGUCAUUGGCAUUGGCUUUACUCAAACAGCUACCCCGGGGAAUUCCUGAUUCUACCUGGAUUAUGUUUGAGAGGCUUCCAUUAAAGAACACCCUCUGUGUUCUGUUAGACAGUAACUCUUUAUCCACAUUAUAGCAGGGGGUGUAAAGCCAUAAUACAUAUGUUUUUCCAGCAGAAGACUAUGACCGAUAAUGUCAAAAUCUGCACUGAAGUCUAACAAAACAUUCCCCACAAUCAUUUUAUCAUCCAUUUCCCUCAGCCAAUCAUCAUUCAUUUGUGUCAGUGCUGUGCUUGUUGAGUGUCCUUCCCUAUAAGCGUGCUGAAAUCUGUUGUCAAUUUGUUUUUGUUUCAUACUGUAGUUUUAUUUAGUCAUGAUUUCUUAAUUUGCAAUAUGUUUGCCAAUCAGUUUGGCUGCCAGACUUAUUAGCCAUACCUUUUGCCUCAUCCCUCUUAACCAUACCAUUUUUCAUUUCCUCAGCAAUCCACAGGGAUUUAACAGUUUUUACAGUCAUUUUCUUAAUGGGUGCAUGCUAAUAGGUAACUGGAAUAAGCCAUUUCAUAAAUGUGUCAAGUGCAGUGUCUGGUUGCUCCUCAUUACACAUCAAAGACCAGCAAAUAUUAUUUACCUCAUCAACAUAUGACUCACUACAAACUUCUUGUAUGACCUCUUAUACACUAUAUUAGGCUCAGCCGUUGGAACUAUUCUAAAAUGGAUUAAAUAAAAGUGUAAUGAUCACUUUAAUGGUACUGUAUUUCAAACACUCUGGUCAGUUAUGUUUGUUUUAGACCAUAGCUGUCAACACUUGGCCGUUUUUACUUUGUUAUCUUAUAAACAUUUUAGAAGGUUAUGAGAACUGAGUGACUACUAUACUGUCUCACACACACAUCUGUGUGGUUCAGAGACCGUUUCUAUCCAUAGGCAUUGUGGGUACUGAAUAGUGGACUGAAUGGCUGACACACAUAGGCCUGCUGUUUAUUUUAUACUUAAAUACAGUCUGUAUGUAAAUAUGUUUUGUAGUUGGUUAAUGAUGAAACAUGAUAAAUCCACACUAGACUUGUGUGGUUUUUAUUCUUCACUUUAUUUUAUAAAUCAAAUGUUUAUAGAUCAAAUGUUAGGUACUUUCAUGGUGUGUGUGGGUGGUUUUCUUAAUUCUUCACUUUUUUUUAUCAAAUGCUGUAAGAUACACAAGGUUGUAAGGUACGUUGUUGUGUGUU